GCCCAGCAUCUUCUUUCACCCAGCAACCUCAAGACCAGGUAGUGAUCGCCGGGCAGCCUGUGACCCUGCUGUGUGCUAUCCCAGAGUACAAUGGAAUUGUGCUGUGGAUUAAAGAUGGACUCGCUCUCGGCGUAGGCCGGGAUCUCUCAAGUAAGACUUCUAUAUUUGCUUACAUCAGUGGCAGCUCCUGUUACGUGUUAUGACAUAUGGGCUUGAGAAACAAAUGCUGACCACUUCCAGCUGCCGUUAAGCUAAGGGCAGGGUGAGGCGGGAUGCAGGGAGACAGGAAGAACACUGAUGGCAAAUGCAUGGCCAGCAAGGGAGUACAAAGGACAGAGUGUCCUGUACAAAUGAGCCCGCCUGACAUAAAACAUUUUAUAUACGCUAUCACCUGGAGUAGAUCUACACACAGAAAAAAACCCACUAUAAGUCAGAAAGUAACUUGUUAUAACAAAAGGAAAAAAACCGCUAUGGAAAAUCGCCAAGAAUUUUCUCCUCUCUCCAGCACCAUCUGGUGUUGCAUGUUUAUAACGCAUUCAAAACGCUUUUUCUUUACUAUUGUAGCUGAGUCCCUGACCUGUUCUGGCCUAUUGGUGUAAAUAGGCAUCCUUGCUGCUGUAGUCUAUUUCCUUGCCAUUCCCUCCUUUGACCAGAGGUGGGUGAUGGCACACAGGCUGACACCCCUCGGGUUACCAGGGCAAGACCCGCAGCAGCUCAGACUGAGAUGCUCAACUACAAUGAUCAAGUUAUAGGGAUCACAGGGAUCACAAAAGCCUUGCAUGGCAUCCGGAAAAUUAGAUGCAGCAAAAGAAAACAACAGCCCAUUUUGGAGGCGGGUUGUUGGAACAAUGAGUGAAGGUUAAACCUGAAAUAUGUAUUAAGGAGUAUUUGAAAGGGGGAACUGAGUGAGUCUCAGCUUCACUAAAAAGUUAGCUAGUGCAGUAAAAGAGAGAGAGAGAGAGAGAGAGAGAGAGAGAGAGAGAGAGAGUAAAAAGAAAAGUUAGGGAGGGGCCAUAACUCAGUGGUAAAAAGGUCCCAGCAUGCAUGGCAGGGAUGGAGGAAAUGGAGGAAACUAGAGAUAUGGUGCAUGGUAGGUCCUAGAUUUUAUUGAUGAACAUCUGAAAGACAUUCAGAACAUAAGCCUCUGAAUUGUUUCCAGUAAAAACUUGGAAUGUGGGGGACGCUCUCAUCGACAGCUCAGGCUCCGAGAAGUUUACAACAAGGGAUAAACUGAAGCACAUUGUCACAGUCCUAUUAACAGGCUGUCAAACCCAGCCUCCCUUAGUCUAUUUUAAGUUGGGCAAUGUUUGCCUCCAUGUACUGGGGGAAGGGACCACGUAUUGUGCCAACAAAGAAAUAAUUCCCUCUCUUCCAACACUGCGAUUUUUGUGGCAGAGCUUUGGAAUGUAGGGAGAAACGAACCCUGUUCAAGCAGUCACCAUGCAUGAGUGUGAGCAAUUGCACAAGGGAGGGGAGCAGGCUCAAGGUGUGAUGUAGAGCCCUGUGUAUGCUUUAUGCAGAGACCUUCCACAAGCAGAGGAGACUCAUAGACUCAUAGAAUCGUAGAAAUGGAAGGGACCCCAAGGGUCAUCUAGUCCAACCCCCUGCAAUGCAAGAAUCUUUCGCCCAACAUGUGGCUCAAACCCACAACCCUGAGAUUAAGAGUCUCACACUCUACCGAUUACUGCAAACAUUUGCCCUCAUUUAAUUUUGGGGGGCGGAGCUCUACACAGUAUAAAUAUGACAUGCUUGGCAACUCGGGGGCUUGGCGACUCAGCUCCACUCCCGCUGAUGUGAUUGCUCACAUGUGAUGCUGAUGAGCAUCCAAACAGGGCUUUGGGAGAGUGGGAAAGCUGGGCUACUAUGCUUCUUUGAGGGCCUGCAAACUCUACCAAAGACUGACAUUAAAUGCAACAAGUCUUCUGCACCCCACAAGCUCCUUAUUCCUUAAAACAUAUACUGCUUAAUUGUAAAUAGAACCUCUAAGCUGGUUAAAAUGUUUACAAAAACAUGCAUUGCUUUAACCUGGCUUACCCCUCCUGAUAUCUAUUCCAGCUAUCUGUACAGCUAUCCACAUGUCUCUGUAUUAAGGUCCAGUGAUCGGAGCAGCAUAGGGAAUUGCCCUUGCACAUACAUGUGCACACAUGCAUGGCUUGCUACAUGGAGCAACCUCUGUGGGUUUAAGCACCACGUCAUUUUGCCAUGUUGGGCGAAUCAGAAUUUCAGCCCCUUGUAUGCCUGCCACUGAUAAAAAUUCCAGUCCUUACUCUCUCUAGGCCUCAGGAGUCUAUUGUAAAAUGGGAAUACUUCUCCAUGCCUCAGAGCAAUGAUUUGAGGCACUCUCUUACUGUACCCAUGGGGGUGAUUGGUGUAUCAGAGAGGCGCUUCUUCAGAGCAUUGCAAAAGCUGAGCUCUGUUCCAAUGAAUGACGUCAAAAAGUAUAAGGGGAAGCAUUUUAUCCCUCCCUCCCUCCCUCCUUCCUUUUCCAUGGUGCUUCUCUCUGCUUCCAGUUUCCAGAAUAUGAAGCAGCCAGCAAGCUGGAUAUACAGUAUAACACACACAUACUUUACGUUCCUCUGAUUGCGAAUUUAUCUUUAUGGAUAAAUUUAUGGAUAUCUUCAGAUAGCCAUUCUCUGCAAAGUUCAGAACAGGAAAUGAGUAACAGGAGCUAAUAUGGCUGACGUAUCAUUCUGAGCAACUUUGGCAAUUAACUUUGCUGGGUCUGCUUUAGCAAGCUGGGUCUCUGCCUGCUUGUGCGAUACCAGCUCAGCUAGUCAUCUAAUUAGCUAAAUACAAACAAACCCUUCAUUUGUAUUUCUUGUGGUUCAUGAGAGCAAAUCCUGCUGUUGAUAGCUUGAAAAACAAAGCAGGGAGGGAAAACAGGAGAGCGUGCCAAGCUGCCUCGGCUUCACAGCUCAUUAAUCAUCAAACUUGGGAAGGACUGAUUUUUUUUGGGGGGGAGGGUGUCUCUAUCCCUAUGACAGUAUAGGUAACUGGGGAGAUGAAGCCCAUAGCGGUCAACUUCUGUCAGUACCCUGCUAAGACUUGGUCAAACAGUUUGCUGUUUUUCAGCUCUAUCCUUUUUGCAUUUUGUACCCCAAAGGUUACCCACGCUACUUGGUUGUGGGGGACCAUCUGUCAGGGGAGCAUCACCUGAAGAUCCUGAGAGCAGAUCUCCAAGAUGAUGCUCUGUAUGAGUGCCAGGCCAUUCAAGCAGCCAUCCGUUCCAGACCAGCCCGGCUGACCGUUCUCG